UAUUUGGGCUGUUGAUUGCUAUUAAAUUUUAAAUUUAAAAAUACAAAAUAUGCAAGAAUAAUAUUAAAUUAAAUAUACAUAUUGUUAUCUCAAACCUAUGCACACUAAUAUAUGUAUGAAAUUUGUUUUGUAAAGGUUGAAUUGUAAAGAUAUUCCUUUAAUCAAUUUUUGGUUACAGCAGGUGCAUUGCAUAAAUCUUUUCGAUAAUUGAUAUUUAAAGCAACUCUGUCAUUAAGCUAAAACAAUUUACUUUUGUUGCUUUGUGACAGCGUACAUAUUUUUAUUGUGUUGCAAAUCCUUCAAUCUAAGCAAAUUUUUAUCCUCUGCAGCGCUUAAAUAUAAUUUUAAAUAUAAUAAAUUAAAGAUAAUUGAAGUUAUAUAUCAAUGGAUUUAGAUGAUUUGGAUAUCUAUGAAGAUUUGGACACAUUCCAGCAAGAGGAAGAAAAGAAAACCGCAGAACUUGUUUCGCUGGAGGCAAAGUAUAAUGAUACCCUAAAAACGAUUGAAACUUUGCAGUCGGAAAAUGCGGAUUUGAAAAAGCAAAUUAGACGAAUAGGUAUCAACUUUCAAAACUUAUUGGACACAGCAAAAUCAGAGAUCAAACGCAAGGACAAACAAAUCGAACAAUUGCGCAAAGAGAAGGAUGAUAUCUGCUUCCGACGUAAGCAACCAAGAAGGGAAUAUACAGAUAUUGCAAGCACGUCGCAAAACCCAAAUACCUGGUUUAAAAAUGAAACAGUUUUACCUACAUACGAUGUUGCAAGAAAUACUAAUGAAAAUGCGCAAAUAACCAGCAAAAAUGUUGAAGCCAUAAACCAUGAACAGCCGAGUGAAACAUCGUACAAUAAACGCGGUCGUGAAAAUACACGUAUACCCGAUGAAUAUAAAAAGAAUGAACGCCGCAAUGAAAGUUUUGAACGUAAGUACGAAUGGGAUCCUCAGCGUGAAAAAUACAACAGAAGCAACAACCAGAAGGAUCAGCAUCUGUCCAGAUACACGAUGCGUAGUACUGAACGUGAUGGAAGAGUACGUAGCGCUACUAGAGAUUAUAGUCAUAGUCAUGACCGUAGAACAGCUGAUCGGUGUAAUAAUGACGAACGCGACUUUAAAAAUAAAACUUUGAAGAGUGAAAACGAAAAAGGAUCAUUUAACAGUACAGAGAAUGGCAGACGACAACAUGCCUAUGAUAGGGUGGGCGAUCGUUCAAGGUACCACGGCAAACAGGAAAAAAUCAAAUCUGAGAGUUAUGAACGUCGCCAUGACCGGCGAAGCGAUAGCAAAGAGACAAGAACCAAGUCUGAUAACUCUGACGAUCGUCAUGACAAACGUAAUGAUAGCAAGCACCACCGCGAAGAUACAAAUAAAAGAUCAAAAGAAACGAAUGAGAGAGCUCGUGCUGAUAAGAUUAGAAAUGAAACUGCAACAUCUUCAAAAAACUCAGAUGGUCUUACGCAAAGUAAAGAUAUGCGUGAUAAAGCACCGAAUACUUCUGAGAACAGAAGGGAAAAGAAAUUAAAUGAAAAUCAAAAAUUUUGUGAAGCACCACAUAAAGACACGAAAAAUAUUGAAACUGUUAAGGAAAGGGAUUUUUUAGAUGAGGAUCUGCGAGCUUCCAAAGACUCACAAAGUCUUGAAAAAUUACUGACAGAGGAAAAGCUGACCAAGGAAAAACUAUCAGCUCUAGAAAAUGAGUUUUCUUGCAAAGAAACUGAUAAAAAUGCAAAUCGCUUGAUAUCUGCAGACGGUAUGACGACGCCAAAGAAAACUGCUUUGUUUGACAAACUCUUCGGUAGCACACCCACCAAUGCGGGCGAUGUAAAUAGCAAUACAUUGAGUAAUGUAAAUGAAUUUUUAAAGAGUAGCAACAGUUCGGCAACAACCUCUCCAAGCAAUUAUACCGAUACCAGCGAGCCGACAACAAUAACUUCAACCAUCAAACGUACGAAUACAGAAUCCGAAGAAUAUUAUAUACCAAUAAAAGUAGAACAAAACGGGCACAAUAAAACUGAAGCAAGACUUGUGGCAAACAGCUAUAACAGAGAUUUGGAAAACAUUCAAACUAGUGCAAGUUUCAACGUUGGCAUCGAACCGAAGGAGUUUAUUUCCAGUACAAAAAAUCAGGCAGCAGACGAAAGUUCAGCUGAGAAGUCGAUUACUAGUGUGAACGCAAUUGAAGAAACGGUAAAUUAUGCUAAGCUAGCAACACUUAUGCUAUCAGAAGACGAGGAAGAGACUGAGUUUGAUAAAGCAGCUGAUACCAAUGAAGAUGAAACGGUAAAUAAUGCAACGAAAACUAAUGGAAAUAUAAGGAAUGGUGGCAUACAAAUUUUGCAAAAUAUACGUCUACCCAAUAUUUAUGAGAUACGCGCACACCAAAGACGACUUCGGGAACUCGCCGCGGCUAAAAGAGCAAAGCUUGCGAAAAUUGCAGAAACAAACGGUACAAAACAACAUGCAACACAAAGCAUUACUAAGAUGGUUGUUCCAAUGCCGGAGCAGGUUAACAAAAGCUUACAGAAGAACCCGACAACCACAACAAACGCCGCAGAUAAUAAUAAUCAAGGUGUUGAUAUAGAAGAGAGAGAGGAGAUGGAUGCAAAAAUACAACGCGAGAAAAAGACAAUUAAUAAUUCACCACAGUUAUAUGGUGAAUUUACUGCUGAUGCAAAUGUUAUUACACUUGAUAAUGAAAUGACGAAAAAAGUGAGUGGUUCAGAGACAACUAAGUACGCUGACCAGCAUAGCAUAGAAAAUGUGAAAUUGUUGGAUAAAAAUAUUACGUUGCCUUCGGAAGCUGUCGAAAACACAGAGCUUGCGAACAAUGAUAAGACUGUUGCGAACGAUGCUGCAUUGAAGCAAAUGAAAUAUGAAAGUGAGGAAUCGUUAAGGUCAAAAAAUACCGUAACAGAGAAAAUCGAUGAUAUAGCCAACUCAAAACCCACAGUAAAAAUCGAUGAAAUAGCCACUACAGAAACCAUCUUAAAUGAAGUUUUUAGUAAAGCUUUGGAGACUGCUGAUAUUGUAGUUGAAAAGAUGGAAGUGCAAAACGACACUAAAUCUGAACAAAUUGCAAUUAAAAAUACGGACACAAUAUCAGCUGUUAGUGCCACACCUAAUAAGCACAACGAAAAGGAUCAAACAAGCUGUUUGCGUUUGGACCUCGCCACUGCGAGUCAAACAACUGCUCCAAAUAAGGAUAUGUCAGCUAUGAGCAGCAAUUUAUUGACAAAAGCGUUGCCAAACGACAGUGAACGAAAGAUAAAUUCAAUGGUAGAGUCAAAAGAAAAUAUUUCAAAAUCACAGCAACUUGAUGAGAGUAAAGACGAAGUUUCGCGAAGCAGCAAGAAUUCGGCUAAUGCGCCUGUAGGCGAAGAUGCAGCUCAGCCUAUAGCAUGCGGUGAAAAUGCGAAAAACAUAUUAUUCAAAAGCGCAAUGGAUGUUGAAGAAAAAGUGUCGUGUGAGCAAAAUGUAAUUGCUGAACAAGAUAAAAUUGCUAAGCAUAAAGAAAUGAAAGCGACAAAAACAUGUAUCACACACGAAGAGUUUGUUCAAGAACCUGAAAAACUGCUAAAAUCUGUGCACACGACAAAUGGAGUGACGAUCGAAGUAAAAGUCGAUUUAGGUGAUCUUAAAAGCAACUGUGAGUCAGUUAUAAGCGAAGAGAAGAGCACACCAAACAAACAUGAAAGUCCUGAUGCUAUCACGGAGCAAAAAACCAUUGCACGAAGUGAGGUUGCUGCACAAAAAACCGCCACUGAGUCGAUUGUAUACAAAAACGUAGAAUUGCUUACGUCUACAGACAAUACAAAUGAAUGUUCCCAUAUAAUUGAAAAUGGCAUAAGGAAGAGCAGUGAACUUAUGGUAACUGAUGCCAUAAUGUCAAUUGUAAAUGACUUAGCAGGAGAGAGUGAAUGCAGCAGAAACGUAGAACUGACGUCAAAUGGCGAUAACUCGAUUAUUACUACAACAAAUAUUUCUGUCAUGACGGAUAGUGGUACAGGUCCUGUUAUUAAGGAGACGGAGAGUGCCAAACCCAACGGUAUGUCAGAAGAAUCAAAAGAAAAGCCGAAAAAUAGCUAUAUAGAAGAAAAUGAAGACAAAACUGAAGCUCAAAAUAUAUCCACCAUAGAGACGAAAGGUGUGGUGAACAACUUGAAAGAGCCGAAAAAUAGUUAUAUAGAAGAGAAUGAAAAGAUAACUGAAGCUCAAAAUGUACCCACCUUAGAGGCGAAAGGUGUGGUGAACAACUUGAAAGAGCCGAAAAAUAGCUAUAUAGAAGAAAAUGAAAAGAAAACUGAAGCUCAAAAUAUACCCACUUUAGAGACGACAGGUGCGGUGAACAACUCGAAAGAGCCGAAAAAUAGCUAUAUAGAAGAAAAUGAAGAGAAAACUGAAGCUCAAAAUGUACCCACCUUAGAGACGAAAGGUGUGGUGAAUAACUUAAAAAACCCGAAAAAUAGCUAUAUAGAAGAGAAUGAAAAGAUAACUGAAGCUCAAAAUGUACCCAACUUAGAGACGAAAGGUGUGGUGAACAACUUGAAAGAGCCGAAAAAUAGCUGUAUAGAAGAAAAUGAAAAGAAAACUGAAGCUCAAAAUAUACCCAACUUAGAGACGAAGGGCGUGGUGAACAACUUAAAAGAGCCGAAAAAUAGUUAUAUAGAAGAAAAUGAAAAGAAAACUGAAGCUCAAAAUAUACCCACCUUAGACACGAAAGGCGUGGUGAAAUCAAAAGAAGUUGAGUUACAACCUAAGACAGUGCAAGAAUUUGCAGACGACAGCCAACGGAGCAAAAAUUCAAAAACCAAAUCGAAAGAACUUUCGAAUACCGUAAAUAUUUCAACCGAACGAAAUUUGCUUAUUGAGAAUAUGAAGCGUGCCGAAGUUUUGUGGAAAUUUAAAAUACCGAAAAUUUCUGCCAAAAGGAAAAGAGAAGAGAGUGCCGAUGGUAGUAGGUUUCAAGAGAGUAGGAAUGUGGAGACCUUCGAGGCUAAAAGAGAGAAACUCGGUAUUAAAGCAGAAGAAGCAAUAAUUCCAUAUAAGAAAAAGAAAACCACUAAGUUAAUAACAAAACAAAUGCAGGAGGAAAGUAAAGUACUUGAGAUAAAUGGAAAUAUCGUUAAGAAUCUGUUAGAAACGAAAACACAAUUUGAGAACCAAAAGAAAAGUGAGCGUAUUAUAAAAGAAAUCGAUAAUUGGGCAAGAAGAAAGGUGGGUGAUACAACGGAUAUUUUGGAAACAGAAAAUCCCGUCGAAUAUAACGAUAAAAUACCAACGGACCUGAAAGCCUCCGUAAAACAAAAGACUGAAAAACACAAAGCUCAUAAAGAUAACAACACUGAAAGCUUUUCAGUUGGUACAAAAUGCGUCACCGAAAAGCAACAGGAACACAAUAAGCCGCCGACAGAAGAGCGAAGUACGCGUGAGCGCAGUAGUGAUAAGAGAGACCAAACACAUCUGUUGAAGGGGCAGCACACAAAAAUUCAAGAACGCCGAAAGAGCCAUACAAAAGUAGAGCACGAAGAAAACGCAAAAGACACAAAAAUCCGCAAUAUAAAAUAUGAUGUGGAAAUGCAUAAAGCAAGCAGUCAAAAGCAUGAGGAAGUGGUAGCUAAAUGUGAAGAAAAGCUUGCUGCAAAGUCUGAGCAAAGUGAACUCAAAACACGAAAGGUAGAAAGUAUUGAGAAGGAAAAUAAUACGGUUAAAAAGGCGCUUGGGACGCGCGAGUUAGAUGACAAAACUAAAAAAUAUUUCAACACGAAUAUUCCAAAUGAAAUUACCGUUAAGAAAGCGCUUGUGCGUCAGGAGUUAGAUGACAAAACUAAGAAGUGUAAGACUACGCAAAAUAUACGCUCUAAAUCACAGCUCGAUGUAGCUACUGUUUCCUGCGAAAUAACGGCUGUACAAUGUGAUCUCUCCAAAGAGUCAGCAGACAAUUUGAAACAGAAGAAAGAAUGCGAUAAAAAUUGUUUUGUUGAGAAGAAGAAUAAAAAAUCAAGUGAAAAGUGCGAAGUAGAAGCUGAUAAUCACGUUAAGCGAGCCAAAGCUGAUGUAGAAAAGAAAGAAAUGGCACAAAAAUUGACGGCAACAGAAAUUUCUGCAAGCGACGGCAUGCAAGUCGUCACUUCAGCGCAUGCGUACAGCACACAAUGUGCUGCAACAAUUGCAAAAGUCACUAAUACAGCAACAACAAAUAAUAUACAAAGAAUCACUACCAAAUAUGGCCCAACACCAAAGCGUCGGCAAACGAGUACAAGCAGCGAUGAUGCAGAAGUUGUGUCCAAGUCGCAACGACGCAAACGCUGUAAAAUGCGUAUUGAAGAUAGUGAUGAGGAGGAGGAGAAGGAGGCAGCCCACUCGCUGCCUAGCGCAGUGCCAACAGUGCUUCAUGUUGCUAAACAUAUCGAUUUGGAUCGUAAAAAUAAAGAUAUUAUCGAUAUUCUGCAAAAUGAUCGCGCCAAUGAAUCGAAUGACAAUCUGCCUGCGCCACAAACACCGACCUCCUUACCAAUGAACGUCAGUCAGGAUGCCGAAUAUGAAGAGAUCGAUUCGCGUUUGCAAUUAAUGUUCGCUUCGCCUAAAAUUGCAGACAAAACGUCGUCUACGAAUGCGCUUGCAGUCGCCAACCAGGCUAACACACAACUACUGUCGCCUACUUUGAAGGAACGUGCAGUUGCAACGCACGUAAUCGGUUCCGCUACGCCCGAAACUGCAGACAAAACGUCAGCUACGCAUUCGCUUGUAGUCGCAAGUAGUGCAGUUGUAACAGCUGUAACUGACACUGCGCCGCAACCCGUUAUUGUCUUACCACCCACUGCGGCGCCAAUUGGCAACCCAAAACCGCUGUCUGAUUUUAACGCCACGUCUAGCUUCCUCAGCGAUAUUAGCGCCAACUCUUUUCUCGCAUCCGAUCUGAAUAUAACUAUAGAUGAGACCAAUCGUAGCGGCAUUAAUACGCACACCUCGCUCAGCGACAGCAGUUUGAGUACGAAGCAUAUUUCGCUCGGUUCGAGUGAUUACCGUUUCGAAAAGGUUUCGGAGCAUGUUGUGAAUUUAUUUAUAACGCGUAAACGUCGCGGCAAGCGAAAGCCAACUGCUGCCACAAUAACAACAAAUACAGUAGCGGCAACUUAGCUUGUAAGCACACCACGAAUAUUGUAUAUUCGAAUAUAUACUUUAUAUAUAUAGUUACAAAACUUAAUUGUUUUUUUUUCGCUGAUUUCGCAUUACGCUUGUACUUAUUUAACGUAUUUACAAAUAUGUAUUUGUAAGAUAAAAUUUUAUAAAAUAUUCAACACAAUAACAAUAACAAGAAA